GCCGCGCGAAGCCAGAGCCGGGGACGGCACUUUACUUGCCUGCGGUGCUAACGUAGCCGCGCCCUGCGCCACCAGUCAUCCACUCUCCACCGGCCGCCUCCUCCUCUUCGACCCAGGGCCAGGGAGGAUUUCACCCGCCGAGGCUGAGCCGAGUCACCGGUCAGCCCCUCGCUUCCUUCCCGCUCUCGCCUCCUCGGCUCUUCCCCCGCUGCCCGGCGCCACCGCCUCCGCCUCCGCCGGCAGCCGGGACCGUGGAGCAACGGCAUGUCUCUUGAUCUCUUCUCCUCUAGGUUCUUGUUUUCUUCUGGCGCUGCGAAGAAGCUCCCCAGCAGGAGAAGGGUCACGUUCGUUGCUGCCGCUUCUUCGUCUCCGUCCACACCAUCGCCGCCACGGUCGCAGGAUGCCUCCUCUUCUUCCAGGCAAAGGAGUGUACGUGCCACGCCGUUGAGUCCCAGCAAAGGUGCGUCUCGACCUGCCGGUAGCAAUGGCAGGACUAGGAGGAGGAGGCAGAGGAGGACGGUCGAGGGAGGGCAAGAACAAGGCGGCUGCGUGCCGUCGGUGGAGGAGGCGUCCAUAAGGGUAGGGACGCUGUAUGAGAACGGCGAUCCACUAGGGCGGAAGGAGCUUGGCCGGUGUGUCGUGGAGUGGCUAAGGCAGGGGAUGCAGUCCAUGGCAUCCAAAUUCGCUUCCGCCGAGCUUCAGGGUGACAUGGCGGACCUCACCACAGCGGCAUUGACUCUGAAUUGGGGAUCGGCAGAAGGCCAGCUUGGGUUUGUGAUCCAGGCACAGCCUUAUCUCUCGUCCAUCCCCAUGCCCAAGGGUCUGGAGUCACUCUGCUUCAAGGCCUGUACGCACUACCCCACCCUUUUCGACCAUUUCCAGCGUGAGCUCCGUGCUGUCCUGCUGAGUUAUCAGAACCAGGGGCUCAUCUACGACUGGCGCUCCACGCAGACAUGGAAGCUGUUGAAGGAAAUGGCCAAUUCUACUCAUCACCGAGCAGCUGUGCGCAGGACGACACCACGAACUAAAGCGGUUCACAGUAGCAUUGGCAUAAGCUUAAAGAAGGUAAGGCUGAUGCAGGACAGGAUUGAAGACUUUGUGAAGCAUAUGUCAGACCUACUGCGCAUCGAGCGAGAUGCCGAGCUGGAGUUUACACAGGAGGAGCUGAAUGCCACCACUAUGCUCGACAACAAUUCCAAGCCAUCCAAGCCAGUUGAGUACUUGGUGACCCAUGGACAGGCUCAGCAGGAGCAGUGUGACACCAUUUGCAACUUGAGUGUCAUCAGCAGCUCAACUGGUUUGGGAGGCCUACAUUUGGUUCUAUUCAGAAUUGAAGGUGAACACAAGCUGCCUCCAACCACAUUGUCACCUGGGGACAUGGUUUGUGUGAGAACAUGUAAUAGCCGUGGUGAGGGAGCCACUUCUUGCAUGCAAGGCUUUCUUUAUAAUCUCGGGGAGGACGGUUGCAGCAUAACUGUGGCUCUGGAAUCUCGCCAUGGUGACCCAACCUUCUCCAGGUUAUUUGGGAAAAGUGUGCGCAUUGACCGGAUACAGGGAUUGGCAGAUGCACUUACUUAUGAGCGGAAUCUUGAAGCAUUGAUGCUACUUCAAAGGAAUGGUUUGCUGAAAAGUAACGCUUCCAUUGAUGUGGUAGCUACUCUGUUCGGUGACAGCAAAGAUGUCAUGAAGAUGGAGCAGAAUUGCCUGAUUGAUUGGGGUGAAUCAAGUCUACCUGAUCCAAGGCUAUCAGAGAGGUGUGCAUUUGAUGACUCCCAGUUAAGGGCUCUCUCAUUAGGCCUGAACAAGAAGAGGCCUGUUCUGGUCAUCCAGGGGCCUCCUGGCACGGGCAAGACAGUUUUGCUCACGGAACUCAUUGUACGUGCUGUCCGGCAGGGUGAAAGUGUCCUUGUGACAGCUCCAAGCAAUGCGGCAGUUGAUAACAUGGUUGAAAGGUUGUCAAGAACUGGCUUAAACAUUGUGCGAGUUGGAAACCCUGCUCGGAUAUCACCAUCGGUUACUUCGAAGUCCUUGGCAGAGAUUGUAAAUGGAAGGCUUGGUCAGUUUAGGAAGGAGCUUGAGAGAAAGAGAACUGACUUAAGAAAGGACUUGAGGGACUGCAUAGAGGACGAUUCUUUAGCUGCAGGCAUUCGUCAACUUCUGAAGCAACUUGGGAGGGAUCUGGAAAUGAAAGAAAAAGAAACGAUCAUGGAAGUGCUAUCUGAUGCACAGGUUGUGCUUUCUACUAACACAGGGGCAGCCGAUCCACUUAUCAGGAAAACUGGUUGUUUUGACUUGGUAAUUAUAGAUGAAGCAGGUCAAGGAAUUGAGCCCUCUUGCUGGAUUCCCAUACUGCAGGGAAAACGUUGUAUUCUUGCGGGUGAUCAUUGCCAACUUGCACCUGCCAUAUUGUCAAGGAAGGCCCUGGAAGGUGGGCUUGGCAAAUCUAUGAUGGAAAGGGCUUCAUUGUUGCAUGAUGGAUUACUUACUACAAGACUGACAGUCCAGCAUAGAAUGCAUGAUUCAAUAGCCAGUUGGGCAUCUAAAGAGAUGUAUCAGGGGUUACUCCAGUCUUCUCAUUCUGUUGCUUCGCAUCUUCUUGCCGACUCUCCAGUUGUAAAGGAUACUUGGAUAACACGGUGCCCACUGCUUUUACUUGAUACCCGAAUGCCAUAUGGAAUUCUAAACGUUGAUUGUGUGGAGCAUUUAGACCCUGCUGGCACAGGAUCAUUUUAUAAUGAUGGAGAAGCAGACAUAGUUACACAGCAUGUUCUCAAUCUUGUGCAUUGUGGAGUGUCUCCAAAUGAGAUAGCCAUCCAGUCACCCUACAUUGCUCAAGUUCAAUUAUUAAGAGAGAAGUUAGAAGAAUAUUCAGGGCUUUCCGGGGUUGAGGUUUCAACAGUAGAUAGCUUUCAAGGGAGGGAGGCAGAUGCGGUGGUCCUAUCAAUGGUUCGGUCAAACCCACUGGGAGCUGUAGGGUUCAUGGGCGACAGCAGGCUAAUGAAUGUGGCUAUCACAAGGGCACGCCGGCAUGUCACUGUGGUAUGUGACACCUCGACCAUUUGCCACAGCACCUUCCUCGCCCGGCUCCUCCGUCAUAUCAGGCGGUAUGGACAAGUAAAACAUGUUGCACCUGGUUCCCUAGAUGGGGUCUCAGGACUCGGCUUCAGCCAACCCACUCUCCCGUCUAUCAGCUAGCGCUCACCGCAGUUCACUGUCUUGAUGGCAUCAUUCAUUCAUAUGCUCAUAUGAGCAUGUAUAUAUGCGAAGAGCUAAAGGAUGUAUAUGCAGUCGUGUGAAAAAACUUAGGGCUGAGAAACUAUAAUGCCUGCCUCAGACGUGCCUGUCUGGUAUCAAUCUGUGAAGCAGACAAAGAACUCGAGAAGAUAUGAAGAGAAAUUGGUGGAUGGACAUGGAAGAGCUUCGCCAGAUGUGUGUUUCUUGAGAUGACUUAUCACGUGCGCCAUGUGGUUCGCCAGGUGUGUGGUUGAUAUGAAGCAUGGCCAUUCGUUGGACCUAACUGAAGGCUUAGCUGAUCAUGCAUCCCUGAAUUGGUGCACGUGAUUCAUUCAGCAGAAGGAAGACUACCUCAGUUCCUGUAAAUUCUAACUAAUAUUGUUGACAUGGAUACCCCAACACAGACGUGUAGUAAAUUGACAAUUCACAAUUGAGUUGGAAAAAAAUGCAUUUCAUCUCGAA